AUGCUACUUUUGAAGACACUCUUGAGGGAGUCGAAUACCUUCAAUGUCUCCUCGAGAUUAUUUGCUAGAAACUCCGUAUUUAACAAAAGUUUUACAAAACUAACAACUAGUGGUUCUUCGUGUAAAACCCCAGUUGGUAUUAGAAAUUAUUCAAUGACUCCUCUUUUCAAAGAAAAAUCUAGUCAAUUGAAAAGAGAAAUGAUGAUACUUGGUUCUAAAUGGAAAUCUAAUUCUCGUCAAUUUAGUUCUUUUAAACCUUUACUGAAUGAAUCUACUUCUAAGAUUACUGAAGAAAUGGCUAACUCCGUUAAAACUUCGAAUACUGUUGCUUAUUGGUUAAUAGGUACUUCAGGUUUAGUCUUUGGUAUUGUUGUCUUGGGUGGUUUAACAAGAUUAACUGAAUCUGGUUUAUCUAUUACUGAAUGGAAACCAGUGACAGGUUCUUUACCACCAAUCGGACAAAAAGAAUGGGAAGAAGAAUUUUUGAAAUAUAAGGAAUCUCCUGAAUUUCAACAAUUAAAUUCUCAUAUUAAUUUAGAUGAAUUUAAAUUUAUUUUCUUUAUGGAAUGGAUUCAUAGAUUAUGGGGUCGUGCUAUUGGUGUUGUAUUUAUUGCACCUGCAAUUUAUUUCGCUGUCUCUAAAAGAUCUUCACCACAUGUCAAUAAAAGACUUCUAGGUUUAACUUCUUUAUUAGGUUUACAAGGUUUCUUAGGUUGGUGGAUGGUUAAAUCUGGUUUAGAUCAAGAACAAUUGGACGCUAGAAAAUCUAAGCCAACUGUAUCUCAAUAUAGAUUGACCACUCAUUUAGGUGCUGCUUUUUGUUUAUAUAUUGGUAUGUUAUGGACAGGUUUAGACAUUCUUAAAGAAAAUAAGUGGAUGAAAAAUCCAGAUCAAGCUACUAAAUUAUUCCAAAAAUUAAAUAAUCCAACUUUAGGACCAAUGAGAAAGAUUGCUUUGACUUUAUUAGCAUUCUGUUUUGUGACUGCUAUGUCUGGUGGUAUGGUUGCUGGUUUAGAUGCAGGUAUGAUUUAUAAUACUUGGCCAAAGAUGGGUGUUACAUGGUUCCCAAGUGGUCGUGAAUUAAUGGAUCCAAAUUUUGCACGCAGAGAAGAUAAAAAAGAUAUCUGGUGGAGAAAUCUUUUAGAGAAUCCAACUACUGUUCAAUUAGUUCAUAGAACUUUUGCUACUGCUGCAUUCUGUGGUGUCUUUGCUGUUCAUAUGUAUGCUUUGAAAAAGAAACUUGUAUUACCAAGAAAUGCUCAAAUGAGUGUUCAUGCGUUAAUGGGUGUUGUUACAUUACAAGCAACACUAGGUAUUUUGACAAUCUUAUGGGUUGUACCAACUCCUCUUGCAUCACUACAUCAAGCUGGUUCUUUAGCAUUAGUCACAGCAGCUGUGAUUUUUGCUAAUCAAGUGAGAAAACCAAGAGGUAAUGUGAAAACUUUGAUCAAUAGUGGAUUUGCUCAACAAUUAUUAAAGAAAACUACUAACUCUGGAAGUAAGAUCAUGACUGAAGCCUCUAAAUUGGCUACCAAAUAA